GGUCGACGGCAGCAAUAUAUCUGUGCGCAAUUUGAAGUAAACAUUUGAAACACGUUCGGUCAUCAUUCAUCGAAGGCGCUCUAACAAAUUUGAAUUUUUGUAUGUGUCUGUUUUCAACAUGUGAAGUCAUCACCGAAUGCGCGAUGAUUCAAUGAUCUCUCACUAUAUUCCACGGUGCUAACGGUCUUGAAAACAUACAAGACUUAGUAUGUAGUGAAAAUAAACGUGUGUGAUCAUAUUAAUAAUUUCAAAGGAUGAUCUACAUCAUACGUAUUCAAUGAAGAAUUAAAUUUUUUAUCUAGUUAACAUUGAUGUUGUGAUAACUAUAGCGUUAACAAUGGCUGUGUUAUUGUCCUACCAUCGUCUCAUUGAGAAAGAUUCCAAAUAUAUCAAUAAUUGCUGGAAGUCGUCAAUUUUAGUAAUACUAUUCGUGUCCAUAUCGUCAAGUGUAGCUAUAACGUUCAGCCUGCAAUCCUUAAAGAAAAGUUUUCGUAACAACUGCUUCAUGGGUGCAAAGCCCAGUUUUAUCCACAGUUCUGGACUAAUUACUGCAAACAACAACAUUACUUGCCAUUCUAACAGUGUAUAUUCAGUUGGAGAAACAUGUAUGUAUGUAAAAAGUGUUAUUGAUGAACUGACUAGCAAAUGGAACAACCAGGACUUUUGUGAAUACUUAAUAUAUACCCCCUUGUUCCACGCUCUAACUGGAGUAAUUUGGUUAGCAUUGUUUAGCAUGCACGGACCAGGCGGCAAAGGUAACGGAAGCAUUAUAGCUAAACCUUGGAGAAUCAUAUUUCCCUCGUUCAUCUUCUUCGUUCUUUGCGCAAUUUCGGCUCUGAUAUGCGCUUCGGUUGGUGGUAAUGCGUUGAAGGAAUUCUGCGAUGAGUUCAAUAAAGUGCACCUUAACGAUGACUUUGACUGUGGACAGAUGAUUUUGUAUUUUUCUUGGCAAGAAAACGAUGAGCUGAUUCGACCAGAUAAAAGCUAUUAUCUAUUGAAAGUUUUUCCGUGGAUUUGGGCUACAAGCUAUAUAACUGGAACGUUAGUAAUGCUGCUUCGGAUCUUACUUGUAACAGAUUUUCAAUUAAUGAAAAUAGUCAUUUCUACCAUUAGCAAAGAAACUGAUGACGAUGAUUACGAGCAACAAAGUAUAGAUAACUUAAAGGAAAACGUCGUCAUUAAUUCCAAACCGUUGGAGCUUUAAGCACAAAAAAUAUGGCAGUCUCUUCACUGAUUUCGAAUUAACGGCCUUAUUAUAAUAAAUAGGUUUCUCGAUCAAA